AUGGCACUGCUCCCACAAACGGACGGAUGGCUUCCCAAGUGGCAGCUUUUCGUGGCGGCCAUGGCAGUGUUCAACAGCGUCCAAAACUAUGCUACGCUGAGGCUUACACGCCAGCUCUAUAGCUCAGGGUCACACAACGUCACCGCUCUACAGGCCAGGACAUUCGCCAUUUGGACACUGACAUCUGCCGCGAUACGAUUCUAUGCCGCUUACUACAUCAGUGACAAAAGGGUAUACGAUCUAGCAAUGUUCAGUUACCUCUUCGCGUUCGCACACUUUGCUUCCGAAAUCCUGAUCUUCCGGAGCGCGAAGAUCAACAGUCCCGUUCUAAGCCCGGUGUUGGUUUCCACCAUCUCCCUUGUUUGGAUGUUCUCACAGUAUGACUACUACGUCAAGUAUUGA